AUGAUGAUGAAUCAGAUCUACAACUGCUGGUGGGGCAAAGGCCGUUGGUACGGAGUCGGAGGACAUCGAAUCAAGAACCCGGAGCCUCUGGAUAAACAGUGCAUCAAAGUGAUUGUGGCUGAAAGUAAGGCGAAUGGACUGGCUGGAAAGCGAAUUUCCCGUUUGUUUAAACUUCCAAACGCGAUCCUGGUCAAAGUUUUCGACGAAAUGGCCGAUCAUAACAUGCUGCGGAACAGUCUUUAUUUGGAGCUGCAGGAUCCCAUUUUGUUCAUUAAAAUCUUCAGAUUAAACUCGCUAGUUGUUCAUCGGAUCAUCAAGGAGCUUACGCUAGCGCAAAAGCCGAUCGUGCUCAAGUUGGUCGAUAACUAUAUAACGCAGAUGAAGAAGGAAUCUAAGAAUAUGCCGGAGUCAGUGGAUUUGGUAGAUCGCGUCGCUAUCGGUCUGGAGCUUGGGGCAUAUCUUUACGAUUACGGUUGGUGGGAUUACGCGAUCCUGCUGCUUGAAUAUGUCAGAACUCUAUUGAGUUUAAUCAAAGAUGAUGGACAGCGAAAAAAGUUCGAGUUGCGGUGUUUGCAACAAUCGCUUCAAGUUCAGGGUAUCAGCUUAAAAGAAUGUGCCGAUUGUACUUUUAAACUACUACAUUCUAUGAUCGCUACCAUCGACGAUAAGAAUACAAAAAUAAAAACUUAUCUGCUCUUCUCGAGAUAUUUCUACAAUCGUAAGCUUCAUGACAAAAGUCAUCAGUGGAAUUUGAAAGCCCUGAACCUCAUGGACGAAUUCAGUCCCUCGGAAGAUCUCAUCGAAAUUCUUCAACUGAUGGCAUUAUUCUGCUGUUCGAAGGAAUCUUAUGCCAUCGGAAAUGAACUGAUCUCCCAAGCAAUGAAACGUGGCCGGACUCACUACGGAAGCCUGGAUCGUCGAUAUGCCGAUGUGAUCGAAUCCUACGGAUUUUGUCUGCUGGAGAUGGAUGCUUUCUCAAGAUAUGUUAGCAUAUUUAUGGAACAGCUGGACAUCAUAACCCGCAUCUAUGGGCUCACCUCGCCCCACGUUCCGAUGAUCAUGAGCUGGCUUGCCUAUGGUCUCUACAUGAAAUCGCAUACCGCCAAUCGGUUCGAUAUGGCCGAAGAUCAGAUUAGGAAGGCAAUCGAUUUGGCGGAAGAGCUGCAGCCGGAAAGAACCGGGCUGAUAUACAAAUUCAAGGAAAUGAGAACCAUGAUACAGAAAGGACACGAUCCAAAGAUGGCUGCCAUCAUCGAGCGUGAGCCGAAGAAGGCUUUCGAUUUCGAGUGUCUGAACUUUGCUGAAAUUCGAGCGAAGUAUUUGGAGUUCGAUGCGUCUAUUCAAAGGAGAUGA